AUGGACAUCUCCCAGCAGCAAGACCUGGGCCCCGACGACACCAUUGCCGGCUUCGACGGCGCAUCCGAAGCCGCCUCCAGCAAUGGCCUCCACCACCAGCAGAGCCACUCGUUCGACCAUAGUAUUGCCGGCAGCCUGAGGCAGGAGGAAGACUCGCCCAGCCGACACACCCCUCCGGUCUCUUCGCUCUCGAGACCGGCUAGCGGCCUGUCCAACCCGGCCCCUCCGCCCGCCUACAAUGACUAUCGGCCGAGUUCGAGCGAACAAUCGAACGGCCGGAGCCACGUGGUGAUCAAGGUCGGCAUGGUGGGCGAUGCCCAGAUUGGCAAGACAUCGCUCAUGGUCAAGUACGUCGAGGGUAGCUGGGACGAGGACUACAUCCAGACGUUGGGUGUCAAUUUCAUGGAGAAGACGAUUAGCAUCCGCAACACCGAAAUCACGUUUUCCAUCUGGGACCUGGGCGGCCAGCGCGAGUUUGUCAACAUGCUCCCGCUGGUCUGUAACGACGCAGUUGCCAUCCUGUUCAUGUUUGACCUGACACGCAAGAGCACGCUCAACAGCAUCAAGGAGUGGUAUCGGCAGGGGCGAGGAUUCAACAAGACGGCCAUUCCUGUCCUGGUUGGUACCAAGUACGACCACUUUGUCAACUUUCCGAUUCAGGACCAGGAGGAAAUUUCCAGCCAGGCCAGACGGUUUGCCAAAGCCAUGCGGGCGUCUCUGAUUUUCUCAAGUACAAGCCAUAGCAUCAACGUGCAAAAGAUUUUCAAAAUUGUCCUGUCCAAAGCGUUUGACCUCAAGUGCACCAUUCCCGAAAUCGAAAACGUCGGCGAGCCGUUAUUACUAUAUCAGUCUGUGUGA